AAAAAUCAUUUGAAGGGUUUUACCUUUUAACUGUAGCAAUUGUGUGUUUUAAUUUUUUACUUGUGUGCCGUAUCACCCAGUAAUUCUUGUCCUGUUCAGUGUUUACGUGACUUGACUCAGAGUCACAAGUAGUGAUUGAGGAAGAUAGCACAAGAGAAAGAUUUCUACAUAUGCUUUCGCCUCUCCUGGAUAUCCUUCUCUAGUAAUCAGACCCAGCUUUGUGGAAAAAAAAAAAAUAGCCAUGGCCACACAGAAUAUACUGGAUCAUGAGGUGUCAGAAGGCAACGACUUGACUCUCCUUUUACCAACUGAAAUGUGUGAAGAAAUAUUCCUUUAUGUGCCAGCUAUUGAUCUUGUUACAUCAGCUUCAAGAGUCUGCAAGAAUUGGUACCAUCUCUUAAGAAACAGAAAUUUUUGGCUUCGAAAAGUUAAGAGAGAGGGGUUCCAGUUCUCCGCUGUUACUGAGAAGAGACUUACUGAGGAGAAGGAUUUGAGCAAGGCAUUACAUAUUCUGCAGGGUCUCAGUUGCCAUCUUUUGGGAUUAAAUACUAAUCUUAUACAAAAUCCCAGUGGCCAAGAUGGAUUGAAAAAAUGGCAUGUUCAGCAUGGUGGAAAUGGAUUAGAUGUGGAGAAUCCACCCAUUGGUUCCAAUCUCAUUCCUGAAGAAGCUGGUCUCCCUACAAGCCACUGCUUUGUGUCCUCCUUUACACCAUGCAUUCGUACACAGCUCAUCAAACUAAAAGAUCACAACCUUCAGCCUUGGAUGAUGGACAUUCUUCAACCCAAAAUUGAAGUUUCAGAAUGGGUGAGCGCUAGAUUUGACUGUGCUGCUCGGAGUACAAUGAAGGUGAAGAUUUUCGGAAGUGGAAUACCUGUUAACUAUAAGCAGAACUGGUCAUCAAGCAAUGAUGGUGUGGAGAGGAUGGAGUGGUAUAAGAUGAGUUUCGUGGCAGAUUAUGAAGAAGGGCUGCAUUCAAUCAAAUUCACCAAUACAAGUACAGAUGAGCAAUUCUGGGCUGGCCAUUAUGGAGCAAAGACUGCAGGUUCUUCAGUGGUACUUAAGAUAUAAAUGCUUUUCUAGUAUUUCAGAUUUUUAUUAUGGAUACUUGAUGUGAUGUGAUAUGAAAGUAAGUAAACUUGUCUUUUCUUUUGUAGAAGUAAGGUACAGAAUAUGUGAAAACUGGUUCAAGGACAUUUCCAGACAUUUAUUUUGUCAGACUAAUAAAGUUGAUAUGGAUAAGGUAGAUAUUUAUUAUAGAUCCAGAAGUUAUUCUCAUUUUAUGUAUUAUGUAUUUGAUAACAUAUGACAUUUUUUUUUUUCAUUGAAAAUGGUUAAUAAAAUCUCCCUGCAUUCUUAUAUGCAAAUGUGAGGCCUCCCAUAGAUUUAAUUUUGAAAUUUUUCUUCACCCAUACACCUGAAGAUUUACGCUAUAAUAUGAUAUAAGGAAAGAUUGAAAAUGAAAACAUAUGACAUUUUUUUUUUUCAUUGAAAAUGGUUAAUAAAAUCUCCCUGCAUUCUUAUAUGCAAAUGUGAGGCCUCCCAUAGAUUUAAUUUUGAAAUUUUUCUUCACCCAUACACCUGAAGAUUUACGCUAUAAUAUGAUAUAAGGAAAGAUUGAAAAUGAAAACGUCCCCCUAUUCAUUGAGGCGACAAGUGUGUUGUUGACAUCUUAGCAAUGGUGGGAUACAUUCUUUGCCUUGCCUCUGUGACUAGGUCACUAGAUCUGUUUUAUUACUUCAGCUGUGUAGCAUAUUUUUUACUAUAGUGAUUGCUUACUUUUUGUUCACCUGUACUGUGUAAAAAAAAAAAUAAAUAAAUAAAUAAAUCAUAUGUGCUAUGUUAAAAUGGGAGUGUGUCAUACUCCAUGACUGUACAUCUUAUGCUUCCCAAAUAGGGUAAUUUAUGCUGCUUGUACAUGCUUAAAUUCUACCAGCACUUAUUCAUGUUUUGCGAUAGAAAUGUGGCAGUUGUUAGAGUCACAUUUUGGUCAGGUAUACACGCUUCCUGUUCAUGAGUUUGCAAAUGUAACAAAGUGUGAUCAUCAAAGACUGGAGGACAAGUGAACAGGGUGGUUUAUGACAUUUGUGUUUAUGGUACUGCAAAUAUAACAAAGUAGUGUAAUAUCUGAAUAAUGUUUGUUUAUUGUGACAGUGACAUCAUUGUGUGGAAUUAUUCAUGCAUGAGCAGUUUAGCAACUUGUACCUUGAUGGAAUACUUUUGGCAACAAAGUAUCAUUUAUAUGAGUGGCUUCCAAGGGCCCAAAUUCAACCUCUCUUAAAAUGGAGUUGAUAUUGUAAUCACCUCUCCAGUUAUAUUGUGUUGUGUUGCUAACAUUCAUAGAUCAUAACACAGUAAUCAUAAUAUUCAUCCUAAUUUGUGCAUGCCAUCUCCAGAUGUUGCAUUUGUCUGAAUAUCAUACAAUUCUUUGCAUCUUUUCCUCUCUGUCCCACAUUUGCUACAAUACACAUGAUAGUGUUUUUUAAAAGAUGGUUUGUAUGUUUUUUUUGUAUGUACAUUUGUGGUGAAGCGUCAUAAAGCAGGAAUAUGGAUGUCACAUUUUAUGAUAAAAAAAAUAAAAAUAAAAUAAAAUAUUAUAGGUCAUGCAAGCAUGAGUUCCACAGUAGGAGGCAACAGGCGAGGGAAGGCUAUAGGCAUGAACACGACCAAGGGUCAGAAGGAUCAGUAAAGAAUUGCAGUUGUGUAGAUAUGUCAAACAGGAUUACAAGAAUUCCACUUGGUGAAAUAUUACUGUAAUUACAUAUAGCAUAUUGCAGGUAGUAAAAAUAAAUACAUAAUGUGCUAUGCAUGUAUAAAUACAACUAAUACUCCUGAAGAUAUAGAUUGUGUUUGUGGAUAAACAACUUGUUUACCACAACACUAAUUACACUGCUUUGCAUGCGAGAGGGGGAGAGAAAGGCCAGUGUCAUACUACAUAUACAGCAACAGCACUGCUGCAUUGUAAAAACACAAAUGAGGUGUUUCAUUAUUGCUGUACUGCCACAUCAUGCUUCAUUGGUGCGACACUGCUGUGUUAUGCAGGACGUGAGGAGAAAAUACACUCACAAGUUCUAAGCUAUGUAGUGGCACCACCCUGCACCACUGCAUCUUCCCAUAUAUGAGGACAGACCACACCUGUUCACACACAUGUGACAGACCUAAAAGAGAUGUGCAGUAGGAAGCUUGAAUGGCACUGGUGAUUGGAGCAUGUAGAUCUGGAGAUGUGUCUGGCUUUAGUAUGGCUUAGUAUGUUUGGAUAUCAAUGAGGUUCAUUGUCAAAUUUCUGGACAUUGGAGGUUUUGCUGUAGUGUAUAUCUUGUUAGCCAUCUAUAUCUUAUUUAGUAAAUAUCAGGUGUUUGUGUAGGUAGCUAUAGAUACUUAGGAUUUGUUUUAAUAUAAAACAUUAGUAUUCAAUUCCAUUAUGCAAAGAUAAUUUCCAUAAUUGCCAUAAACAUGUUCUACAUUCACACAAACACCUCAUAUUUACUAAGUGUGACAAAGAUGGCAACAUUGUAGUUGAUGAGCUAUACACUACUACGAUGUGUGAACAUUAGCAGCACAGACAAUAUAGUUAUGCUUACAUUACUCUUUUAUAUAGGAUAGAAGAAAAACUCAAGAACCGAUUAUACAUAAGCAGCAUGUGGCUCCUUGUUACAGAUAAUGCUAAUGUUCCAACAGCAAGUUUUACAAUAUGUGCAUUUGAUGGCUCUGAUCAAUGAGGAUGAAAUGUGUUGUAGCUAAGUAUUUCUUAUGUCAGUGUAUAGUACUGGGAAUAUCAUCACAAAGUAGUUAAAUACAGUUUAACAAAUGUAAUUAACUUAUUAAAAAGUGAACACACUUUAAGUAAUGAGAUAAAAUUAUAUUAAACAAAAUAGAUAAAGAUUUAAAAAUUAUAGUACACUAUACAAAAGUGUUCAAAUAUAAAAUUAUAUUUUUAAUAAUUUGUUACAGAUUAUAACUAAAAGUAUUUAAGAAAAGCAGAAAAGAUCCUCAUAGUAAUGAACAUAAGGGAGUAAUGAAAACACUGACUGUAAGACAGGAAUAUUACAAGAAGUUCACCACCAAACAAGAUACUUCUGCAUGUUUAAAGCAAGAAUGGUUUUCAUAGUUCUGUUCUUAUAAUAAUAUUGAUAAUGUUCUUAUUUAAUUUCCUUAUCUGCUCUCAUAUGUGUCCUGUUUUGCAUCAUUCCUAAGUUGCUUCAAUGCCAUUACAAGUGUCAAUCUAUUAUUUGUUUUUGCUGAUGCCCACAUAUCUGACAAUCUUAUUAUGGUCAUUUCCUUUGGAUAUUAUAUACUUGGGAACAGUUGAUAGUGUUUGGCAGGGAGAUUGAAUUGCAAUUGAAGUGACUGGAAUGUGGAAACAAAAUGUUUGGAUAGGAUAUAACAUGUAUUGAAAUGAUAGACUGAUCAAGGGAAAUUUUGUUAAUCAAUUGUGAUAACCCAUAAAGAUCCUUAAUAUAAAUUAUUAUUCUGUAAGUAUGAAAAACUUGACACAUGUUAUGUGCACACACACACACUUGUGUUCGUGUGUAUUUACCUAGUUGUAGUUUUACAGGGCCUGGGCUUUAUGCUCGUGUGGCC